AGCUGCCACGUUCACUCAAUUAGGCUAUAAAUCAGCUAACUGUCCAAGCUCUACCUCAUUUGAAACAACUUAAGAUAUUGCGCUAACAGCAACUCAAGCAACACUACAAAAUAGCAACAUGAAAGCCUUCAUCAUCUUCACUCUCUUCGCUUUCCUCGGCGGGUCCCAGGCCGGUCUCUUGGACGACUUGGCCGCUGCCGCCACCGCCGCUUUCCAGGGUAUCAUCGAUACCGCCCAACAGACCGCCCAGAACCUCGUCGACACCUACGUGCCCGUCCUCGGCCAGGCCGCCCAGCAGCUGGUGGGAGAAGCCAUCCAGUCGGCAGGAGAGUCGCUGACCGGUCUGAUCAGCGGCUCCAAGCGCCAGGCUGACCUGCAGACCGAGAUCGGACAGAUCUUCCACGACGGCAUCAUGGGUCUCCUGGAGGGCACCACCCAGACCAUCCAGGAGGUGCAGACCACCGUCACACAGGCCAUGCAGAACCUCUUCGGCUCCAGCCCCGCUCGUGCCACCAAAGGCUCCCUUAUCCGCAUGUCCAUUCAGGGUAAGGUUUCCAUCAAGAAGGCAGGCCAAAAGAUGAUAAAGACGCUGAACUACGCUAUCGCCAAGAAGACCCGCGGUUUCUUCGACUUUCUGCACCCCAGUAACCUCUUCCAGGCUGCCGUCGACCAGGCUUCCGAGAUCUUCAACAACCUUGUUGACUCUGCGGCCGCCACUGGACAGCAGAUCCUUGACCACGGCAGCGACCUGGUCAACAACGUCAGCGCCCAACUGCAGCAGACCUACCAGGACAUCCUGAACGUGGGCCCGGAGAACGUUGAUGACGCCCAAACCAUCGUGUCCUCCAUCCAGAACCAAUUCCAAGAAACCUUCGGCCUCGACACCACUGCUUAAAGAAACAAACAUCGAUAGAUACGAGUUGCAAUCAAAUACAACACGGCAAAACAUGCGUGAGAUUUUAUAAUGAAUAAAACGUACAAUUAAAAAGAA